AUGGCUCCGGGUACUGUGAAAUUUUGGCAUAGUGGUGUGUUUAAAAAGGUUUCGAAUGGUGAGACAGUUUACGAGGGAGGUCGAGGUAGAACCUUUAAUGUUGAUAUUGAUGAGUUGUGUUGGUGGGAUUUAGAAGAUUUAGCUAAGAAAUGUGGACAUGAGAGUAUUGAAGGGCUUUAUUACUUGAUUCCUGGGCAAAGUUUAGCAAAUGGAUUAAGGAAGGUGUAUAAAGAUGAAGAGGUUUUGAAGUUGGCUGAAUUGGUGUUGAAGUAUAGGUGUGUUGAGCUAUAUGUGUUUCAUGGUGAAAACUAUGAAUGGGAGGAUCCCAGACCUGAAAGUCCAUUGAAAUACAGAGAAUUGCUCUCUGACAUAAGUGAUGAAGAUGAUGUGGAUUCCAACUUUGAGGUAGAAGAAGGUGAAUCAGAUGGUGAGCUGAGUGACUAUGUUGAUAAUCUGGAGCUGGAGGUAGAGAAUGAGGAGUUGUUAGCUGAUGAGAAACAAUCUGACUCGGAUGAAAGCGAUGAGGAGUAUGUUGUAGCUAGGGAAAGGAUAAAGAGCUGUAACAACAAGCUCUUUGAAGUAGCUCAACAACUUCAAAGGGAGGCAGCUGAGGGAAAGUUAGGUUAUGUUCCGUCAAAGCCUACAACAGGGGAGGGUACUAGUGCUGAUGGUGGUUAUGUGAGUGAGUACGAGGAUAGCGAGGAUGAUAUACACACUCCCCCUGAUAGUGGUGAUGAGGAUUUGACUGUUGGGAGGAGGAGAAGGCGAGCUGUCUUGGUUGGUGAACACACAGAUUUUUCUGUGUUCCAGUGGAAAGUGGGGCAAAGGUUUCCCAACAGGGCUGCCUUCAAUGAUGCAGUGGCCAAGUAUGCUGUUCUACAAGGGAGAAAUUUGUUCAUACAAGCUAGCAACAUGCGUAGGCAACAAAGGUUAGGGGUGAAGUGUGUCACUGGUUGUCCGUUCUACGUAUAUGCUUCUUGGGAUUCUAGGAGAGCAAUACUGGUUGUGAAGAGGGUAGAUGGUGAGCAUAGCUGUCACAGAAAUAUGAAAAGAAAUCGGCAGUUGAAGACGACUUGGGUGGCAAAACAAUUUCUCGAGGUGUUCAAGGCUAGACCCCAUUGGCCAGCUAGUGAAAUUAUGGAGACUAUAAGAAGGGCAUUCAAGAUUGUUGUGAAAAAGGAGUUUGCAUAUAAGGUGAAGUAUGCCGCGCACAAGCUGUUACAUGGGUCGAUGCACGAGCAUUACAAGAAAGUUGGGGGGUAUGUGGAAGCACUAAAAAGUAAGAGCCCUGGUACCAUGGUGGAGGUAGUGACUGAUGUCAGUAAACAGGCAUUCCCUCCUGUUUUCCAGAGGUUUUAUACCUGUUUUGAGGGAUUGCAGAAGGGUUGGAAGUUGGGUUGCAGGAAGGUGAUAGCUGUCGAUGCUUGUUUCCUGAAAACCUUCCUGGGUGGGCAGUUGAUGAGUGCUAUAGGGAGGGAUGGGAAUGACCAGAUGUACCCUAUUGCUUGGGCAGUAGUAGAGGGUGAGAAUAACUUGUCUUGGCAGUGGUUUUUUCUCCUACUUCAGAGGUCCCUCGAUCUUGGCGAAGGAGAGGGAAUUGCCAUCAUUUCAGAUGAGCAUCAGGCUAUAUUAAAUGCAGUGGCAUUAGUUCUACCAAAAGCAGAGCAUCGACAUUGUGCAAGGCAUAUUUUUGCUCAUUGGCACAAGUCUUACAGAGGUGAUGAGAUGAAGCUCCUGUUCUGGAAGAUUGCCAAAGCCUACAACCUUGCUGACUAUAAUGAUGUCAUGGACGAACUAACUCAGUUAAAUGAGGAUGCUGCCACUGCUUUUAAGGGGUACAGACCAGAGGUAUUCUGUGGAGCUUUCCUCGAUACAUCAAUGAAGACCGAUGCAAUAACCUCCAACAUAGCAGAAACAUUCAACGGCUAUAUUAUUCAAGCCAGAACCAAACAUUUGAUCUUCAUGUUAGAAGAUAUCAGAAACAAUUUGAUGCAAAGGUUGGUGGUGAAAAGACAGCAAAUGGAAAAGUCCACAUCUAUCCUAUGCCCAAGAAUCCAAUAG